CUUUGCUGAGUUGUUUUGCCCAGAUAUUCUCUUUUACAGAUGUUGUACAAACAACACAAAAAGGAGUCGACCUGAUUCUUUAUCUCUGCUGUUCCAGCCAGAGGGAGUAGCCGUCUUGACCUGGCCCUAACUGGGCAUCAAGUGGAAUGAAACCAGUGCUUUGAGGCAGAUCCUGAACAGCUUCACCAACAGCUGCAUCUUUCCAUCUGCACAGGAUGAGAGGGAGGAAAAAGCAGCGAGUUACACCCUGAAGCAGUCAACCGGCUUUGGAAACCAACCAUCCUGAUAAUUUCAUUUCUCCCCCAGAAAAAAAAAGACUGAUGACACGAUAAAUGGAGAGAAUCAAGAAAAGCCCUCUGCUCUUUCUACUUCUUGCUCUGCUUCAUGUCUGCGCUGUCAGAAUGGACGUUGCAAACUGUCCGAGCCACCCAGAUAAAAAUCUCACCUGCUACAAUGACUACAACCGUAACAUCACUUGUGUGUGGAACACUGCAUACGAACACACGGAUGCUGUGUGCACACUACACGCUAAAAGGAAUACUUCGAUCAAGAGUAUUGUAUAUUACACUUCCUGUAACCUAGAGCCUGUUAACAUCUCCAGACCAGCCCAAAGGAAGUGCUCCCUGUACUUCAAAAGAAGAGGCACUUUUUACGAGGAAGAUGUAUAUUCCAUUAAUCUGAGCUGUAAAGCUGCAAAGCAAAAUUUGACAAUUUCUUACAUGCCGGUUUGCCACGUAAAGCUGAAUCAUCCAGGAAAACCAGAUAUCAACUCCACCACCGUUUCCUGGGUUAUAACCCGUGGAAAAAUAAAAUAUUUCAACUCCGAACUGCAGUGGAAAAAGGGGGAUCAGUCAUGGAAUGAUCCCUCUGUGCAGAAAAAAUACAAAUAUUGCAAUUUGGAGCACGAGACAGAGUGCAAGACAGAGCUGGACCCCGACCUGCUUAUAAAAGGAGAGAGGUACGAGGCACGCGUUCGAGUGAAGGCCACUGUAAACUGGGUCAAGUCAACCUGGAGUGACUGGAGCCCCACUGAAUCAUGGGAGUCACUUGAAGGUAGACCAAAACCACCACCACUAUCAGGUGUUGCCGCGAAGAUAUGGGGCAUGAUCAUCGCAGGCGCAGGGUUUGCCUUCUUUCUGGCUGUCAUACUCUUGAGGAAUGACAAAGGCACCUGGGUUUACAAGAAGAUCAAAGGUUCGCCCAUACCAGACCCAGGAAAAUCCUCCCUGAAGGAUAUGGAUUUCCAGAAUUGGUUGAGCCCUCACUCGACCAGCGAACUCUUUCUCUCCUUCAAACUGGAGGAAAUCAUCUCUGUAGAGGUAACCUCCAGUGUGAAUGCUGUCACACGGUGCAAGAAAGAGGCAGCACUGCUGGAGAAGAUGAAAAACGAGAACGGCUAUGAGUCGACCAGUUCCAGCUUCUCCAACCCGAGUUACUCCCAGCCUCUGGUCUCCCCGUCCACCGCAGGGAAUGUGGAGCCCUGUGCCGCUGAUACACCUAAUGGGUCUGUUGGUAGUCAGGGUGAUGGUAAAACUGCAGAAGAGGUUAGGGAGGAAGAAAGAAAGAAAGAACUGGAGAUCCAGCAGUUGCUUUCCAAAGGCAACAACAACAGUGAGCCAGUGCAGGUCAUUUCAGACUAUGAGAAACCCCUGGUUGAGCACCAGAGCAGUGGCGAAGAGGUUAGUCAAGAGAGUCUGGAAGCAGAUAGCAUUGGUGCGCCUGACAGCCAUGAUGAGGGGUCAGAGGGCAAAGAGCAGGAGAGAGAGGGAGGGGAUGGAAAAGUAGAUUUCAAGAUGCUGUUUGGAGGCAGUGGAAGCCUUUUUGGCAAAGGGUCCAUUCAGGUUUGUUCUGAUUAUGAGCAAGUCCAGAGGAUGCCUCCUUGCAGUCCUGAGCUUCCGAGCAUGGAUUCAGGGGUUUGUAGUGGGAGCGAGGAGCAGUUGAGUCAUGAGGAGAGCCUGGAGGACUUUGAUAAGUCCAUCGAAUCCACAAGCUUCCAGUUUCCUCUGACUCUUCCCUGUACUUUACCAUGCGUCUUGUCUUCUUUCCCACAACUACCUUUGAAGUUCUCUGGGACAGAUAUGAGUCAACCUCUACAACCUUCAAGUCCAAGUCACAAACUGGCGGGGAUCGCUCUGAUGGCAAUGUCCAGGUCAAUGGAACCUUCUGGUGAUGGAUAUAUGCCAGCGAGACAGGAAGAGAGUUAAAAAAAAAAAAA